UGCAAGCGUUGCUUGGCAUGUGCCAAUGGCGCGUGCGGCGGCUUUGCCCAUGGUUUGCACGCCUUGGCAUGCCAGGUUCCAAGCGUUGCUUGGCAUGUGCCAAUGGUGCGUGUGGCGGCUUCGGUCUUGGUUUGCACGGCUUGGAAUGCCAGGUUGCAAGCGUUGCUUGGCAGGUGCCAAUGACGUGGGUUUCCUGUACACAGAAGAGCAAGAAAGAGAAAUGAUGAUGGGUGUUUAAGAUGUGUAUCAUUUGGAUGCGCGAGAGGAGGUAAACAUCGAAGGAAAGUUGUAAACUCGAGAGGGAGUAUGGAAACUGGAUGUGGGGCUUAUGUUACAUGUCGAAGGCGGCAAGGAGAUAGGAAAUGGGUUAUGUCAGUUGUUAGUUUAGAGCAUAAUCAUAAGUGUAAUCCGGAGGAUGUCAAGCUUUAUAAGUGUUUUGAACCAGUUUGUAGUAGUGGGAAAAAACAAAGGCAAAUUGAUCUUAAUGAUGGAGGGUCGAUUGCGAAGAAGAAGGCGAAGACAGCAGUUCAGAAUGAUGGUGUAGGUUGUGAAGGAAGACGUCUACGGAUUGGCAAGGGAGAUGUGGAAGCACUUUUGAAAUUUUUUGCGAAGAUGAAUGGUGAAAACGCGGGGUUCUAUUGGCAAGCUGAAUUUGAUGAGGGAAAUUACUUGAAGAAUGUUUUUUGGGCAGAUGGUAUGAGUAGAGCAGCUUAUAAAGAGUUUGGCGAUGUAGUUAGCUUUGAUACGACAUAUUUGCUAGAUAAGUAUGAUAUGCCGUUGGUUGCCUUUGUUGGUGUUAAUCAUCACGGACAGACGAUUUUACUUGGUUGUGGGUUGGUUUCGAGUGAAGAUACCGAAACAUUUGUAUGGUUGUUUACUGAGUGGUUGAUGUGUAUGUCGGGAAAAUCUCCCAAAGCAAUAAUAACAGACCAAGCAAAGGCGAUUCAAAAUGCCAUAGAAAUCGUAUUUCCUCAAACUAGGCACAGAUGGUGUUUAUGGAAUGUCAUGAAAAAACUUCCUGACGAAUUUGGUAAACACGACAGGUGUUUGGAUAUUACUUCUGAUAUGAAAGCUGCGGUGUAUGAUACACAAUCUUCAGAUGAGUUUGAGCAGUUGUGGCAUUGGAUGUUGGUCGAGUAUGGCUUGCAAGACAACCAAUGGUUGAAGGAUUUGUUUGAAGAAAGGAGUCGCUGGGUACCAUGUUUUCUGAAAGACACGUUUUGGGCAGGAAUGUCUACUCAAAGAAAUGAAGGAAGUAAUAUGUUUUUUGAUGGGUAUAUGAAUGCAAGGUCUUCAAUUAAACAGUUUGCGGAGCAGUACGAAGUUGUGUUAAGGAAGAAGGUGGAAAAGGAAAAGCUAGCGGAUGAUACGUCGUCUCAGAAAACUAUUCCCUUAGUAACUACUUACCCUAUGGAGAAACAGAUUCAAAAAAGGUACACUAACUCAAAGUUUAAAGAAUUUCAAGUUGAGUUAUUAGCAAUGUUGUAUUGUAACUUCACCAAGAUUGAAAAAACACCUACCCAUAUGAUCUACAACAUCCAAGAAGACCUAUAUAUUGAGGAUUUCCGUAAAAAGAUGACUUUUUAUGUGACCUAUAAUGCAGAAGAAUGUGAUGUUCAUUGUACUUGUCAAAACUUUACAUUUGAUGGAAUUCAAUGCAGGCAUGCUCUAAGUGUUUUGUGUCAUAAUGGUGUAAGAAAACUCCCAGAUAACUACAUCUUGAGAUGGUGGCAGAAAGAUGUGAUCAGAGCUCAUACAAGGGUUAAAGUGGGGUUCAGUUGUUGGACUAACGAUGACGCGACUAAGCGUUACCAUGAUUUGUGUACUAAAUUUGCUGAGCUUGCUGCUUUGGCAGCAAAUGAUGAGACUCUUUAUCGGGAUAUUGUCAACUGGUUGGACUGUAAAAAGAAGGAACUGCAACAGACAGUUAUCGAAGCUAAGUAAAGCAAAAAACUCAAUGGUGAACAACUUGGAAGAAAAUGUAGAGGAGAUGGUGAAAGUGAAGAAGGUGAUAAAACGUAAAGGUGUUGUUUUCAUCAAUUCGAAACUUGAUAUAAAGGUAGACAAACGGUAUCAAGUGUAGGAGCGUAAACUGGAAAUGGGUUUUGUUUUGGAUCGUGGUGGUGGGAUCGAGAAACUUUGUCCUUCAAUGUCAUAAUGGCUUCUCCUCAGAUAAGGAAUACCUGUACUUGUAUGGGGUUUCCUCCAUUGAGCAGUGGAAGGUCAAAACAUGCAUUCAUCAGUAACUUUGCUUGGGAGGCUAUGCGAGAGAAACAGACUGGUAAGCAUUAGUUGCAGACAACGGUGAUGUAUGGCCACUUUGCUGCUGGUUUCACUUUUAAUUCUGUUUGUGCUUAUCAAUUAGAAUUAACAAAGAUUAUGUUUGCUUUAACUGAAGUGAAUUUGGCAAUUUGCUUAGUGUAUACUCAUUAGGAAAUAGUAAUAUGAUCUUACUGAAAAUUGAUUUAGUAACAACUGUACUUAUCAGUUUAAGUUAGUGUUAGUGUAGUUUUCAAGAUUUGGUUAAGACUCUAUGGAACCCGAAGCUAGUUGUGGCGUAUGAGAUAAACUGACAAGAAUUUUGAUCCCAAAUCUAGGUCUGGAAGCAAGAAAUCACUCCCAGUUGGCUUAACUUUAAACUACUUUAAUACGAUCUUUCCUAAGCUUUAUAAAUUACAGCAGGUGUAAUUCUGUAUAACCUGUCACCUGUUACUUUUCAUUCGAAAUACAUCAGUAGAAUCUUAUAUUUCAUUCCUGCCUUGUGAAAAUAAAGUUGUCAUUCUACUUUCAUCCUUCAUACACAUCACUCACUCUAUAAAUUAUUUACUGUGUUACAUGUAAGCAAGCAAUAAUUUGUACUCUAUUAGUCGUGGAAUAGAUAAUACUUCCAAAUUAAUCCUUAGUUAGUUGUGCUUUGUGAAAAGUGUAAACAGAUAAGAUUUCACUUGAGAAGUAUCUAGAACUAUUUUUCAGAUCCCAAAACAAAUACUGUUUAGGUUAUACCUUCUAUUCAUUUGUUGGACUGAAUAUGACGAGUAUUUUUAUUCACAAAUAGGAAACUGGAAUUCUAUUGGAUGGCUUUUUGUAACAGGAACUUGUUCUACUUCUGCGUGUCGUAUCAUCAGUUUUUAAUUCCUCAACAGUGGCUUAUACUUUCUGUCAACAUAUCUUACAAUAUUGUAUUACUACUGCUUCUACUUUCUUUAUUGAAGUAUGUUGGGUGCAAAGCAUUUGAAAUAGGCUUGGUUGGCUAGCAUACAAGUGUUAAUUAGACGAAAUUACUGGUAGUGGUGGACCCAGUAUAGGUCAUUGGGUGUCAUUUGCCCAACCUCCUUGGCCUAUCCUGGCUCCGCCACUGCUUGUAAUAUCAUCGAAUUCACACAUAUGGAUUUAGUAGGUAUUUCCUCUUUGGGCAAUGUAUUGAAAUGGGGUCGUGUUCUGAAUUUUUGAGCCCCCUAGGGUGCCCAUGUUGGUGCUAGCCAAGUCAGAGCGGUGGCCACAUGGAGGCCUUAAUCCUUGGGAUUGAUUGAUGAGCCUCUUGGAGUGAAAUUCGUGAUCCAAGGUUGGAUAGGGCGUGUGUGCCCACUGCUGUUUGGUAGUGUUUGCACCAUCCCCUAGUAUACUAGCAUUUUCCUUGUGAAUUGGGCAUGGUUUAGUUCAUUUCAACUCAACAGCAGAUGCAGUGGUGCCAUUGUACUGGGAACAGAUAGAUUUGUUCGUUUUCCUAUUAAAAGUAUUAGAGAAGUUCCUCUUGGUUAUAUGUUUGACGAAUUAUAUAUAUUAGGAUACCUCCAAGAAGGAUGACCUACCUUAGUUUUGAAUCUGCAUUGUUUCUUUUAAUCAAGUAUUAUUGACAUCAAUGGCACUUGAAACGAAAUAUGGUUGACCUAUCGUUCAAUAACAGAGUCAGGGUGAUGUUUGCACUUCCCAUGUCCUGAAUCUGACAUUUAAUGAAGGCACGUUAACAAAGACUCAAAUUAUUAUUUCUUCAUUGGAUGAACUUUAUGAUAUGGCUCUCAUUUCUGCUGCUCAAUGUUGAAAAACUAAAAGAAAGUUAUAAUUUUUGCGACUGAAUGCCAGUAUGUUUGUCUUGUGACUUAUUGUGAAAACUUUAUAUCCUUUUCUUUCUUUCUUUUUUUACUGGAGGGAAAGUUCCAGUUUAACUGGUUAUAGCUGUUUUUUGCAAUGCGAUAUCAGAACCCCAUUUAUGCUUCACUGAAUGUGCAACUACAUUUUGAUGUUGGUCAUGCAUUUUUAAAAAUGUCUGCUAUUUUUUUAUCUGAUAGAGGUGCUUAAAGAAUGCGUACAAUUUAUACAUACUUUAAUGGCAGUCCACCAAAGCAUUACAGGGCCGCUUCCAGUAGUAAAUGCUACACCUGUUUCAGCUUAUGCUCUUAGCGGUGUGGUCGGGUGGAGGUAAGAUUAUUAAUGACCUGUUAUUGUUUGUGAUAAUAGUCGAAAGUCUUGAGCAAAUUUUUAUUUGAAAUCUGACAGGUCUCUUUUUUAAAUCCACUGUGAUUCAUUCAGACAGAUAAACUUUCGCUUGAAAAGUACCUAAAAACCAUGUUUCAGAUCACAAAACAGACAUUUUCUAGGUUAUAUCUGGUCUUAUAAUCGUGAUUCAUUUUUUGGACUGAAUACAUAUGAGGUUUUUCAUUGACAAAUAAUGAAUUGCAGUUCUAGUGGUGAGCUGUUUGUAACGGGAUCUGGUUCCCCUGUGUCAAUUUAAUGAUUACUUCUGUUAGUGGCUCAUACCCUUAACAGACAUACCUCCCAACAUUUAACUGCCACUAGUUUCUUUUUCAAAGUCAAUGUUGUUGAGCAUUAUAAAUAACUUAGUGGUAUCUGCGUUCUGCGCCUUUACUGUACAUUUUUUUAUCCAUGAGCGAAAUUAUGCAGGUCUGUGUACACUAAAUUGCUUGCCAUUGAGUUUUUCUUUCUUCCAGAGAUUAGAUAGUUUCAUUGGAAUUGGAUGAGAGAAUGCAAUCGAAUCUUCUGUCCUACCUUUCUUAAGCUUAUUUCCCAUUUAGGAAAUGGAGGGAUCUGGGUGCAUUUUUAGUUUUACCUCGGAAAUGUCAAACUGCACUGCAGAUUUUCAAACGUGAUGAUGGCCAGGCUACAUUCGGCCAGAGAUUAUAAGCCUCUUGAACAAGACACACUACAUGAGUAACGAUGUUAGCUGUGGGCAGUGUUCUCAGAUCGUACAAGUGCUUUGUUGACACUUGACAGUACAGGCUUUCAUUUCGGAACUGGCUUCCUUGCAUUUAUGGUAUGAGAGGCUUGAAGCUGCUACCUCCACAAUAUUUGGUAGGGAUAAAUCUUGGAUUUGCAAAAUAGAAUAGUUGAAGGAAACCAUACGAGUUGCUGAAGAUGUGAAGAUGGUUGCUGUCAGAGAGUAUGAAAUAAUCAAAGGUGAUCCAAUAGUGGGUGCAAAGUAUUAAAGGAUUACGCUGAGUCGGGUGUUUCCAUAAUUAUACUGGCGAGGUUUGAAGACACUUGUUGGAUAUAUUGUACAUUCUUAUCCAUAUAUGCUAUAAUUUUGAGCCAAAUAUCCCCCUAUCUCCACUGUCUAACCCUAGCCUGGUUUCAUUUUCGUCUUAGAAGUUUGACUACAUUGAAAUAAGCUGCGUAGGAUCCCUAAUUUCCUCUCAUACAAAUGAAGAUGAAUUUAGAGAGAAGAUUCGGAAGAUGGCUGGUGUGAUGUGCAUUGGUGGAAAAGGAAGCAUUACAAGGUCACUGAAUUCUUCUUUUGUUUUCCUUUCUCCCAGUUCAGAGUUACGGUUAUUGUUUGGUGACAACUGUACUUUCUCCAAUUUCAGUUUAAGUUCUUGUUUGGGUAGUUUUUCAAGAGUUGUUUAAGACUUUAUUGAACCUGAAGCUAGUUGUGGCAUAUGAGAUAAACUGACAAGAACCCUUGAUGACAAAUCUAGGGUAGGAAGCAAGAUCUCUCUCUCUUAGUUGGUUUAACUUUCUAAUUACUUUGAUACGAUUUUAUCAA